UCGAAAACCAAAGCCCCGAACUCUUUCGCCCUUCGAGAAAUUCAGUUGCAAUCAUGUCUGCAAUCAUCGAUUCCCUUACUGCAUACCUCCCCACCACCCCCGGUCUUCUCCCAAAAUGGAUGCUCUUCGUCUCAACCAUGGCAAUCUUCAACACCAUCCAGAACUUCGUAACCACCAAACUCUCCAAGCAGAUCUACCUCCGCAAACCUGGUCAAGUAACUCCCCUCGCCUCCCGCACCUUCGGAACCUGGACCCUCACCUCCGCAAUCGUCCGUCUCUACGCCGCGUACCACCUCACCAACCCCCAGAUCUACCAGUUGACGUACUGGACCUACAUCAUUGCCUUUGCCCACUUUGGGCUUGAGUGGAUGGUCUACGGGACUGCUGGUUUUGGAAAGGGAUUGAUUGGGCCUUUGGUUGUGAGUACCUCGAGUAUGGUGUGGAUGACGAUGCAGAAGGAGUAUUACCUUGGACUGUAAACUUGUAUUUGGGGGGAUGUGAGAGGCGAGUGGGGUUAAUUGGAAUGUUGGGGAGGCGAUGGAUGGGAGUCGGGUUGAAUGGUUGACUGUGAAGGGUUGAGAUCGAUGUGUCUGCUCGGGAACACAGAGUGGGGAGUAUGCCAGACGAUGGUCCGCUGGAAGGGUGAUGUCCCUGAUUCUUAAGGCGCUGGCGCUUAUGAAUCGGGAUGCGGGAGGUAGUCCGAACGACUUGUGUUGAGGAUUUCGUGAGGGUUCAAUUGUUUUGGAGGACAUGGUAGAUCUAGACUGGGCGGUUUAGGAGGGGAGUUUUGCCGGCGUAGGUGAACGGAUGCAGUCUAUGUGUUUGGAGGUACCGAAAGUCUCUACUUCUACAUCCCGAAUGGUUGUAACCUGUCUCUCGAG